AUGAGCGGGCCGCUUGAGAACAUGACGUCUAUGAAGGAGGCGAAUUGCGAGACCGAAAUCAAGCAGAGGAUGCAGUCGCAGGAGCUCUGGCGCCGGCUCGAUCUGUACAGGCUUGCCCUCCUAUCAUCGAGGUCGAGAGAAACAACGGCAGACGGCGGGGCGACGGAGAGAAAGCUGGCCCUGGGGCUCCUCAAGGACGUGGAGCCGCGGCUUCUGUUCCUCGCGGUGGAUUUUAGCUACGGGCAGACGGGGGACGAGGUGAAACGCAGGGCGGUGGAGACGGCGCUACUUUCCGUCUUUGGAUCUACGGUCGGUCCAGAGAUGUAUCAGCAGCAAGUAGCUGACACGCUGGUGGCUCUGUGUGAGGAGGCAGACGGCCGGGCAGCCGUUACUCCGGCGACCGGUGGCGUGGCAACCGGCUGCCGCCGCGCAGUGAUGGGAGCCCUCGCGUCGCAGAUCGGCGAGGUGAUCGCCGGGCUGACUGCCCGGCAGGCGGCGACGCCAAAGCUUCGUUUCGCUGAUAUCGCAACCAGGUUGAUGUCGGCCUCCGACUCGGCGUUUGCGGCGGCUGUGGAUUCGGGCGCGCUUGCCCUGGUGACCGACCUGACGGAGGAUGCCUCUGACGUGCUUCUUCAGCUGAACGCGCUGGACCUCCUCGACCGGGUGGCCUCGACAGCCGGCGGCGCGCGUCACCUCGUUGCGAACGGGCACCUGGACAAGCUUCUCGUGGCGGCGGGGGGAGGGGAGGGUGACAGUCCCGACGCCCCGGACCCGUUGCUCGGCGCGAGCGCGCUCCGAACGCUGGCGAAGGCAUGGAAGCAGCGCAGCCCUUCGUCCCUCGGAGGCUUCCUCCGCGCUUGCACUGUCCAUAUCGAAGGGCAAGACGAGGGCGGCAAGCUGGCCGGUCUGGGGGCGGCAUCCGAGGUGGCGGCCGCGUCAGACGUGGCCCUGCGGGCGAUGCUCUCCCAGGAGCGCGGUUCGGAAGGCGUGCUAGAUGCUUGGUUGACGCUGUCGGCACAUAAGGUAGGGGGCGUGGUGUUCUCUCGCAAUCGCUACCGCCAAGCACCACCGCACGAUACCACGAGCGCUCUGGCUCAUCUCGACGACCACGUUUUUGGAGAAUGUGCGGUUGACGUGAAAGCGGCCGCCCUUCAUGCUGUCGCAUCGGUCCUCGGACCUCCGAACACGUCCUCAACGGCAUCGUCAUCUACGCCGACUGCCGCCGCCGCCGCCGCCGCCGCCGCCGGUAACGAUGAGGACGGGGACCAGGUGAUGGGUAACACAGCGGCGGCAGAGGCAGCCAAGGAGAGGAGCACGCUCUGCUUGAUGCUCUUCACCCGGCUGUCGGAGAGCAACACCAAUCAGAGGGCGGGCGGUUGGCUAUUGGACCUGGCGCGCCAGCCCGUUUCCGAGGUUCGACACGCGGCCUAUGCCGUGAUGCGAUGCGCCGCCUGGCAGCCAGGAGGAUGGGGGUUGUCGGCAUUGUUAUCCCAGCCGGGCUUCCUUGAAUUCCUGGAGAAACGCGAUACAGCGGCGUCGAAGGCCACGAAGGAGUGGCACUUCUCGUUGGUGGAAUCCAUCAUGAGUUGCAAGGAUCAAGGGACCCUAGACAACGAAACGCUGGAAUCUCUCCGGACAAUCCUGAAGCAGGGACCCUUCUGGGUGCCGACGAAGAGCAGAGGAGUGGCUACGGCUGAGUAGCAGCAGUCAGUCUAGCAAGCGUGCAGCAGUUGCCAACACGCCUCUUGCCACGCCAUGUUCGUAUCCCUUGCUCUUGUCGUGGCCUGUCGCAACUUCUUGCGGUCGGCCCGUUCGAUCGGUGUAUAAUAUUCCCGUAAUACCGUAAUAACUAAAGGCUGCCGGUCGCCCCGGUGGUAUAGUUGGUAUCCCCGAAGCCUUCUAGAGGUCAGGUUAGGGGUUCGAAUCCCGGCG